CUGAUCCUCGAAAAUCAGAGCCAAACCACAAGACUGACUAAGAUUUCAACUGUCUCUCGCUCUCCUGUUUUGCUGCCUUUACCAAGAGAGAAUGAAACCAAAAUUUCUGUUUCUCUUCCUUGUAUUAUGCAGUCUCACUAUAGACAACGUUUUAGCAACCUCACUUGGAACUCAUGGCAAAAUUCCCGACAAUGAAACAAUAUACCGAGUCUCCAAGCAACAGUGUUGGGGUUGUAUUGGAGAGUCACUAGAGUUCCUAUUCACUCACAAUUUGGUGAGGGCAACCAAAUGGGAGCCACUCUUGUUUUGGGAUUUCCAGCUUGAGAAAUAUGCCCGAUGGUGGGCACUUCAAAGGAAAGCAGACUGCAAGCUACAGCAUUCGUUUCCAGAGGGAGAUUUCAAGCUGGGAGAGAACAUAUACUGGGGCAGUGGCUCGGCGUGGAGGCCCGGUGAUGCAGUGAGUGCCUGGUCCGAGGAAGAAAAAUAUUACGACUAUGCAACCAACUCGUGCCAGGAGGGACAGAUGUGCGGCCACUACACCCAAAUUGUUUGGAAGAAUACCCGAAGAAUUGGCUGCGCUCGAGUGGUUUGCGACACUGGAGAUGUGUUCAUGACUUGCAAUUAUGAUCCGCCGGGUAAUUAUAUCGGCGAAAGGCCAUAUUGAUAUGGUUCAAUAUUCCAAUUCCAAGGGGUACCUAACUAUACUUGUUCAACUUCCAAUAUUUUCGAAAAUUUGUUCUCUCGAUGCUAUCACACUAUUUCAUUAAAGCUAAUAAGUUUUCCGAAAACUAGUGAACAAGUAUAUUAAGGUACUCAAUAGAAAUAUAUAUAUAUAUAUAUAUAUAUAUACGAGUUUGAUGUGAAUAUUAUAGUAAAUAUGUUUGCCAUUUGAGUGUCGAUGGACAUAGCAACAUCAUAUAGGAGGUAAGGAGUGCGGGCUAAAUUCUGUACUUGUCAUCUUUAUCUAUGAGAUGUGAUGUGAUGGUUACUCAUUUCGUCCGUAAAUCACGAGAUCGGGAAUUCGAUCAUUGCUCAUGAGAAUGAAAAAUAUUUCGUGAUCA